AUGAGGAUCUUAGGAGGAUUUUGGGACGGAGGAAGGGGGUUGAAAAGAGGCGUUUGCGUGAAGAUCAAUCAUUUCCCGGAGGACACGGACUACGAUCAUGACAGCGCGGAGUAUCUACUCCGAGUUGUCCGGGCCUCCAGCAUCUUCCCCAUCCUUAGCGCCAUCCUGCUGCUGCUCGGGGGCGUGUGCGUGGCGGCCUCCCGCGUCUACAAGUCCAAGAGGAACAUCAUUCUGGGCGCAGGGAUCCUCUUCGUGGCAGCAGGCCUGAGCAACAUCAUCGGCGUGAUCGUGUACAUCUCGGCCAACGCGGGCGAGCCGGGGCCCAAGCGGGACGAGGAGAAGAAGAACCACUACUCGUACGGCUGGUCCUUCUACUUCGGCGGGCUGUCGUUCAUCCUGGCCGAGGUGAUCGGCGUGCUCGCCGUCAACAUCUACAUCGAGCGCAGCCGCGAGGCGCACUGCCAGUCUCGCUCGGACCUGCUCAAGGCCGGCGGGGGCGCGGGCGGGAACAACAGGGAUGACAGUGGGUACCAUGGCACCCAGAGGAUGGAGCAGGGAUCACUGUGA